AUGUUUCGGGUGAUCUAUGCUCGCGAAAGAGUUUAUGAAGCCAUUAAGACACCAUACUUCGAUAUUCUAUUGCUAUUUAUUUGGAACAUUGUAUACUAUACUACUUUAAAUCUCUAAUGCGAAGAAGACAACUUAAAUCAAUGCUUUGUAGAUCUAUUCGAGCUUAAUAUUGCCCAAAAUCUCUUAAGACUGAUCCUUUGUGAAAAUUGGAAAAAUGGCCUUGAUGGUGAGAUGCUAAAUUUGGAAAAUGAAUGCUUGAUAGAGACUCCCAAGAUCUGCUUAAUGGAUACACUAAACUCGUUUAUGGAUUUAUCUUAGUCAGAUUGCUAAACUCCUUAUAUUUCACCCUAAUUUUCAAAAUACAACACAACUAAGCCAUUUAUUGGUCUUUAUGAUACGACAAAAUUAACUGAUAAGGAAGAUAUUUUGGGAAGCUUAGCUCCACAUGCCUUAAAUAAAGUUUCAGGUUAUGAAAGUUUAGAGGAGGCAUUGUAAAAUCAUGAAUCAGUAAUUGAUGUAAAUUAAUAAACUUUGCAUCACAAAAUCCUUAGAAGUGAGUCAUUAGUUGAGUAAAGACAAGCAAUUGAAACUACUCCAGUUAAUUAAAAUCUUAUCAUAAUAUACAUAGAUGCCCUAUCAAGGGCAAGAGCGCAUAAGAAGCUACCUAAAACUAUGUAGUUUUUCAAAGAUUAAAUAAAUGCAGAAAAAGAUGUUUAUGAAUUCUAUAAGUAUAGCGCUUUUUAUGGAUAUACAGCUGAAAAUGUUGAGGCCAUUCAUUAUGGGUUUACGAUGGAUAAUUCUGAUAUGUAAAUGUAUUACUCCUACUAAUCUAUUACAUAAUACUUCAAAGACAAAGGAUUUAUUGUUGGUAGAUCUUAGAACUACUGUGAAAGAUUUUAUUUUCCAUUUACCUAGCAUAUCAUUGACAGAUUUAGCUUUGAACCAGCUGAUCAUGAAAUGAUAUCGUUUGCUUGUGAUCCACACUAUCAUUAAGAGAAAUUUCCAGACUUUGCUUACAUUGGACCAUACUCUAUGUUUAGAAAGUGCCUGUAUGGUUAGGACACAUUUUAAUAUGUAUUAGAUUUUGGAGAGGAUUUUAUGAAGACUUAUGAGAAUGAGAGAAAGGUUCUCUUCUUAAACUUUAUUGAUUACCAUGAGGGAACUGGAACUGCUGUGAGAUUCCUUGAUGAGCCUCUAGCUAGAUUUUUAUAAGAAUAAGAAUCUCAAAAUACAAGUUUUAUACUGAUGAGUGAUCAUGGCUUUCAUAUGAAUGGAUUAUUAUUCUAACUUGGUAGAAUUUAUGGUUAGAGUGAGAUUGAGAAACUAAUGCCUCUUUUAAUACUUUCUAAUCCUGGUGGCAUCCCUGAAAAAUAUAGGAAAAAUAUGUACUAUAAUGAAUAGAAACUACUAAGUCAUAAGCAGCUACACUAUUUUUUUAAGUAUUGGGCUACAGGGGAGAUUUAAAACCAGCCAAGUUUGAUAUCAGAAAUGCCUGAUGAUCUUACUAAUUGUUAAGAUAUUGGCUAUAAUUGCUAAUGUCAAAAUUAUUAUGUUACUACUUUUGGACUAUGA